AUUGGGGAUUAAGCCAAUCAAAUUGCACCAGGGCGUGGUUAUGGUGAUUAGAGCUUUUCCAUGGAGCAUGCGUCCAUCAGCGGGUAACAAAGCAGAUUCCCAGUCAUAUUAUUUGCUGGUAGCCAGAUCAGGGUGCAUCUGCUGGGAAGCUUUGAAGCUGGAUUGUGCUAUCUGAGAGCUGAGAUUGUUGCAGGCUCUGAGUGACGCCACACACAGUCACUGGGUACCGCACAUACAAAACGUGGAAUUUCGCAUCAGCACUGUGUUUGUGAGUGCCCCUUUUCUGCUGAGAGCCGGUAUUGUCUAUGGACAUCUGCAACCAUCUGUGACUUGAUCUUAUAUCACUGGUGUUCUUCAACAUUUGGAUGCCCAGAAAAUAUCACCCUGCCUCUCCCACCGCCACUCCCUGCAGCGCCUGAAAUGAACAAACUGCGUCAGAGCCUGCGGAAAAAGCAGCCGACGUACGUCCCUGAAGCCAGUAGGCCGCACCAGUGGGGGGCAGAUGAGGAGUCUGUACGAAGGGGGAAAUGCAGCUUUUCUGUGCGGUACCUUGGACAUGUGGAAGUGGAGGAGUCGAGGGGGAUGCAUGUGUGCGAGGAUGCUGUGAAGAAGCUGAAAAUACUUGGGAAGAAGUCUGUGAAAGCCAUCCUCUGGGUUUCUGCUGAUGGUCUGCGUGUCGUGGAUGAUAAAACUAAGGACCUGAUACUGGAUCAGACCAUUGAGAAAGUAUCAUUUUGUGCUCCUGAUCGCAACUUUGACAAGGCCUUUUCUUACAUUUGUCGGGAUGGAACAACCAGGCGCUGGAUCUGUCACUGCUUUAUGGCCUUGAAGGACUCUGGAGAGCGUUUAAGCCACGCUGUUGGCUGUGCUUUUGCGGCUUGCCUGGAACGAAAACAGAAAAGGGAAAAGGAGUGUGGGGUGACAGCUUCAUUUGAUGCCAGUCGAACCAGUUUUGCCCGUGAGGGAUCAUUCCGCGUCACGUCUGCCUCCCAGCAGGCAGAACGUCAAGAAGUAAUGAGGCAACUUCAAGAUAAAAAGAAGGCUGAAGCUAAUCCAUCUCUGGGGUCCAGUAUAGCAACCGUAGGAACACCAUCAAAUCCAGUACUGCCAGCACAGCCUGACCAAUCACCACCCCAGUGUGCCGCAGUCCCAUCAGAGAAGAGUGAGGCUGGUGGGCAACAUGCCAUACCCCGCAGACAUGCUCCCUUGGAACAGCUGGUGAGACAGGGAUCCUUUCGUGGAUUCCCUGCCCUUAGCCAAAAAAACUCACCUUUUAAACGGCAGCUUUCGCUGAAACUCAAUGAGCUCCCGUCCACCCUUCAACGGAAAACCAAUUUCCAGGACAAGAGUCAAGACAUUGAACUGGAGUCUUCAAUGAAUCAAGAUUCUGAUGGAAUCAGUGACUUGUGCAACCAAAUCAACAGCUCCUUCACGGACAAGCCCUCUGAGGAUCCCUUUGCAAAUAGCAAUGGGACUAGAACACCUAGCACAGUUCCAGCUGUUCCCCUGCCAUCACAAGCAGUGCAAGGUAUCUCAGAGUGGGCAGAACAAAUGAAUACAUCAGCAGCUACAGCAGGCUUCCAAAUGGGGCAUCGCCGAACGCCGUCUGAAGCAGAGCGUUGGCUAGAGGAGGUCCAAAAGGCAGCUAAGGCUCAACAGCAACAGCCUCCCACUCAGCCUAUGGUGGCAGUGCCAAUGCAUGUGCCGUCUGCCGUGCAGUCAUACCCUGUACCUUAUGAUGGUGCAACUGCACCUGUUGGCAUGUUUAUUGCACCUCAUAUGCAGCCUGCUUAUGUACCUGUAGCUGGUUAUAAUCCCACGUUGUCCUACCCUGUACCAAGUGUCCCAGUGGUGGGGAUCACUCCCUCUCAGAUGGUAGCCAAUGUUUUCUGCUCUGCUACCCAAGUGCCAUCUUCUAACCUAGCAAAUAAGUCCAACCCAUUCCCUCAUAGCAUCCUGCAAACAUCGCAUGCCUCAGAGCAGCCUAGCCAGUUAGGACUCAAGCCGAAUGGCACAGCCAAUGGUACAUCAUGGCCCCCAGAUCCAAGCCAACUAAGGCUAGCAUCUACUGCACAGGAAGUGGACCAGUUUGAAGCUCAAUGGGCAGCACUGGAGUCCAAGUCUCAACAGCGAAUGGCCAAUCCUUUUUCCAAUGAACUACAAAAGACUUUUCAAAUAGAAUUGUAGCCAACAUAUCAUGCCAGCACUAGGUAAAGUCAAGAGUACCUGCCAGAACAUGCCUGCCCAGCAAGAGUCUGCCAACAGGACAAUUCAUACUCAGGCAUUCACCAGACACAUAAUUAGCAAGUCUGCUGGAUGCCAAAUUAUAAACCAUGUAUGUAGGUGGUGUAUGUGACUUAAGAGUAAAUGGAGACACAACAAUAUCAGCGCCAACGUUCUGAUGAUUAUAAUGGGAAUACACCACACUCACAAUGGAUAUGGAAUCUGGCAGAUACUCUUAAAACAUACUAAGAGCAAAAAUAGUCCAAUUUGUUUGAAAUAUAUGUGCUGAGUACAGGGGAUUUUCAUGGACGAGUUUGUGACUUUAGAAUUUGAAUGUGAAGGCAUGAUUAAAAAUCUGAGAUACAUUUAAUGGAGGCUAGCUGUAUGUUUGGUGGAGGUCUGAGAUAUGUGAUUAUGGAGAGCUGAUGCAGCAGUGAAAUAAGAUAGAAAAGCAUUUUUUUCGGUAUGGGGUCGGAUGAGGACUUGAAGUUCCAAUUAAUUACUGCAUUACACAAGUCGCUAAAUCCAUAUAUGUUUGUGAACAUUUGACCAUCAUUUCUCGCUAUCCAACGUUUCAUGGUGAUAUUUAUUAGAAUCUACAUCUUCAAUCUGCAUGUGGAAAAAAUGGCGGCAUUAGGUUUGCAUCGCUUAUAAAAUGAAGGCACAGAGGGACAUAUUUAUCAAAAUAGCGAUCGCCAGAGUGCGCUAGAGUGAAAUUCCGCCACUCUCCAUUAAUUUCUAUGGGAUUUAUCUAUGGGUGAAAGUGAAAGUUCAUCCUUUGAUAAAUACGCCUUUCAAAAUCCCAUAGAAAUGAAUGGAGAGUGGCGGAAUUUCACUCUUGGCAAUCUCUAACUUCACUCGUUGAUAAAUAUGCCCCAGAGAGUGUUUCUUCCCCAGCUGAAUCUGUUGUGCCAUACAUCUUCCUAUCAAGUCACGCCAAACAUUAUCCAACACAGGGGUAAUGUACUUGCUAUUGCUCUAAAAUCCUCAAGGGCCCACAUGAGACCUCCAUUUUUAUAGUUUUCUUUUUUUUAUACACGUUAUUGUAAGUUCAGUGCCAAAUGUAUUCUAUAUUUAAUAUAUAUUUUUUUGUUAGCUUAAUUGUGUUAUUAAAAAUGCUUUUUUUUUUUUUGGAAUGUAAAACUGACCAAAUAGUGAAGAAUUAAUGAAUGGAUUGCAAUGAACAGGGUUUUAUUAAAUGUUUAGCACUUCUCCCAGCUGCAGGACGGUAAGGAAAAGAAAGAAAAUCCUUUGGAACUAAAAAUGUUCAUUUUCCCCAA